ACACUCUCAGUCGCUCCGACUCGAGAACCAGAGCAUCAGCGGAGAUAGCAGGCUUUACUUUGUCCUCUUAGGCUAACUCGCUUUGGGCUUUGGUUCAGGAUGGAAACCUCAACGAUUUCUCGGAGCCGACGAUGCUCCAUCAUGCGCAACUGCAAAAGCGGUCUCUCCCUCUGGUUGGUGGUGUGGCUGGUCCUCGGCAAACCAAGUCCGGCAUCGGCGUGCCCGCAACUGUGCGUGUGCUACCCGACGCCGAUGACUGUGAGCUGCCAGGCGCAGAAUUUCACUGCCGUCCCGGUCGGAGUGCCCUAUGAGUCGCAGCGUGUAUUCCUCCAAAACAACCGGAUUACGGAGCUUAGGGUUGGCUCUUUUGGCUUCGGGACUCAGGUUCUGUGGCUGUUCUCCAACAAUAUCACGUGGAUUGAGGCAGGGGCCUUCAGUGAACUGAGGGACUUGGAGGAGUUGGAUCUGGGGGACAACCCCGGGCUCCACCGGCUUGAAGGGGGAGCCUUCCGUGGCCUAGAGAAGCUCCAGAGCCUCCACAUGCACCGCUGCCGGCUCACUGCCCUGCCCCAUGACAUCUUCCACAAGCUGUACAGUCUGCAGUACCUCUAUCUGCAGGAAAAUAAUCUCCACUUCUUGCAAGAUGAUAUCUUUUCUGACCUCAUCAACCUGAGCCAGCUUUUCCUGCAUGGCAACCGUAUCCGCACCCUUUCAGAGAAUGUGUUCCGUGGCUUGGUCAACCUCGACCGCCUACUCCUCCAUGACAACCGCAUCAGGCAGGUAAACCGCCGUGCCUUCCGUGACCUCGGCCGUCUGACCAUGCUUUUCCUAUUCAACAAUUCCUUGGCUGAGCUGCCCAGUCAGACCCUGAGGGACACGCAAGGGAUCGAGUUCCUCCGCCUCAAUGCUAACCCCUGGUCCUGUGGCUGUGAGUCCCGCCCCCUGUGGGAGUGGUUCCGUGAGGCCCGUGUCUCUUCCUCUGAGGUGAUGUGUGCUUCCCCUUCCAACCGCCGUGGCCAGGAUCUCCGCUUCCUUCGUGAGAUGGACUUCGCCCUUUGCCCCCUGCCCGACCCAGGCUCCAUCGCUGGCUCUACAACCACCACCUUCAGCACCAAAACUCGCUGGUGGUUCCACAAGAACAAGCCCCAAUCAUCCAUGAAAGGUGUCUUCGAGAAAGCUUCAGAGACUGUUAAAGCUGGUUUGUACGGGAAAGGCCCGUCUACAACCACAUCAGUAGUCAAGUAUGAGUUAGGUGAGGAGGAGCUGGCGCUGCCCAAACUCGACCCAGAAGAGUACUGGGCAAACUACGGCAAUGAGGACUCAGGUGUUACCCUGCGAUGCUUCGAGCUUGAAUGUCCACCUGAGUUUGACCUGCCUCCAUCUUCCUCCUCUCCCUUAUCCUCCUCGCCAUCUUUCCUUUCACUACUAGCCCUUUCUGUUUUCAGCCUCUGCCUCAACCUGAACCUACUAUUCGGCUGAAUCUGACUCUUAGUUUCUAACCCUUUCCCCUUUGAGCCUGUUUUAUAGGCUGUGGGGAUCCCUGUUAGACUCUACACACCCCCUUUGCCCGCUUUGCUGUUUGCCAAUCCUCAAGGCCACAGCAAGGGAGAUGGGGGGGACGGUCAGAUUUUGAAUCUACCACCUACAGGGCUUAACACUUUUCAGGGCUGCAAAGAGUUCUUCAGUUGAGAUCAUAUUUAUCUACAGGUAUGGCUUUCUGUGUCUUACCUGUAUGAUGUCAUGAUUCCCUGCAAUCAGGGCUACGAGGGCUGAGUCCAUCUCUAAUAUCAACACAAUUUGAUAGCAGUUGUGAACAAUGUUUUCAAUUCUGUCACCUCGACUUAGUUUGAACUACUAGUGCUAAUAGUACAUCUGAUUAACUGGCUGCUACCAGUACUACAAUUACUGUUAGAAUCAUGCACAGUAAUGACAAUACUGUAACCACUUAAAGUGUCAUGUAAAUAGCAAUGUGUUUUUGUGAGUGUUCAAACUGAUAUCUGUGAUCCCGCACUCUCAUUUCCAUCUUAAACCAGGGUAUACUUUAAAGGUUAGUAGUCUUACAGGACAGAGCAUGCUACAUGGCUCUACAAAGAAAGAGAGAGAGAGGGGGCCGCAGGGACAUUAGAAGAAAGGAAUUGGAGAAAACUGAGAAGAAGUGAGAAUAUUUUGUCAGAGAAACAGGACUAGAAAGAGGAACUGAGGGAACGAGGGAGGGUGGGGUCAGUGUUAUUGCAGCAAUAAGGAAAGAAGCAGCAAGACUACAGAAAAGCACUCUGAAGGACAGUGCUGUCAGUAGAUGCAGCAUCUACGGAGGAGAAAAGUAAUAAAUCCACUCAUCGGUUGUCGUUCCAUCCAUCCUUCUCAUCCACUAUUCUCUGUAUGGUGUCGCUUGCGACGACCGCAGGGAAAGAUUGCUUCCUGUCAGGAAGCCAGAGAUUUUGCUUUUGGAUGUCUUUCUGUGACAUAUGAUAUAAUUUGUAAAAAUGUUUGAUGAAGAUGAAUUUCUUGAUAUAAAGGUACACUGAAUAUUUCCUGAA